UGACUGUCCUAUAGUCCUAGCUAACGGCUGCCUUGCCAAGUUUCCAAACCCACCAAAAAAAACGACUGUUCCCAAAUCUGACCAAAUAUUGUGUGACCUAGGUGAAGUAAAAAACGCAAAUUAAAGAUAAUAAAGAAAGAAGUACACAUUUCAUACAGUAUUGUGAGUGUUUUGCGACUACAGCCCUGCCGGCGCCAUUUUGGCUUCCUCCAGUCCUCGUCGAAGCCAAAAAUGUCGUUUUUUUUUCUAACCCUUCUUCCAAGCGUCCGACUCGAGUUGGACCCUGAGUGUUUUAAAACUGGUCAAGGCAGACUUUAAUUUAAUUAAUCAUUGUUUCUACGCCUCGUCUGCUUCCCGUGUUUGUCAGUGAAAGGCGGACCACAUCCAGGAGUCGUGAAGCUGAAGCUGAGCCGUCCAAACAUUGCAAUUAAAAUAAAAACACUGAGAGGAAAAAGCCGUUUCAGUGAAGAUGAGUCUGCAGUGGACGGCCGUUGCUGCUUUUCUGUAUGGGGAGGUGUUUGCUGUGCUUUUGCUCUGCGUUCCCUUCAUCUCACCAACCAGAUGGAAUCGAGUCUUCAAGUCUCGUCUGGUGAAGAUGGUCAUGGCUUAUGGCAAUGCCUACUUCGUCGUUCUUAUCGUAAUACUGGUCUUCCUGCUUAUGGAUGCGUGUCGUGAGGUGCGCAAGUACAGCGUCACGGAAAAGGUGGACCUAAUCAACAACCCGGUGGCCGUGGAGCACAUUCACAUGAAGCUGUUCAGAGCUCAGAGGAACCUUUACAUCGCCGGCUUUGCCCUCCUGUUGUGGUUUUUGCUCAGGCGCCUGGUCACCCUGCUCUCUCAGCAGGCCUCUAUGGUGGCGUCAAACGAGGCCUUCAGGAAGCAGGCAGAGGGAGCGAGCGACGCGGCCAGGAAGUACAUGGAAGAGAACGAGAGGCUUCAGGAGAAGCUGAAAGAAGCUGGCAUUGAAGUUCCGGAGGGCGGGAGGAAGGGACCGGGUCUGGAGGAAGAGAACAACACGAAGCUGAAGGCAGAGCUCAAGAAACUGAAGGAAGAGUAUGAGAUUACCAAGAAAGCUCUGCAGACCUCGGAGAACGACGUGAAAGCAAUCAAGAAGCAGGCAGAGAACUUGACCAAAGAGUACGACAGACUGCUGGAGGAACACGCCAAGCUGCAGGCUCAGGGGGGGACUCCAAGAGUUAAGAAGGACGACUAAACGGACUUUCGAUUUGGAUGUGGGGGGUCCCACGAUCACUGUAACCCCCCCCAAAAAAACCUUGCAAUCGCAUCAGUAAAACAACACACAGAUGUUUUACAAAAAUGCUUUGUUCUGAAACCUGCCUGUUAGUCCAUACAGUCAUGAAUAUUUUUUUUACAACUCCUCAAGUAUUGGGACAGAAGUACAGACUCCUUACUUCCUAAAUACCUGGGUAUCUCUGAAUAGAUCACCGUCUCCUCUUUAAAAAUAUGCUCAAUAUUUUAAUCGGAGUUAUCCGGCAACAAACUCCCCGUCCCCAGCUGUGCUGUCUUUCCUAGAGAAAGGGGAACAUUUCGAGGGACCGUUCUACUUGCGAGACGUCUCGCUCGUUCAAAUACUGAGCUUAUUUUUAGAGGAGACGGUUAUCUAUUCAGAGCUACCCGGGUGUUUAGUAAGCAAGGGGUCUGAGUGAGGAAACGUGGGCACUACAGUCCCCAGCCCUAGUCUUGCUGUAAAUUGUGGUGUUUUGUCAAAAAAACAAAAGAAAAGAUCUUUUGAUCUUGUUAUGCAUCAUACAGAUAGCUCGGCAGGAACCCUCGCAUGCAUCACGAUGUGCAUCGUAUCGCCGGUAAAGCAAAAUAAUUAUAUGUAUCGGGGCUAGCAAAUGGAUUUGUGAUACAUACAGUUACUAAUAUAUACUGAACAGGUGGAUGUGUUAAUUGUCCUUCAUACCCACCCCAAUCCCUAAUUUGUGGUUCUAUUAAAAAUAUGCACUGGUUACGUUAACAGACGGUUGUAUUAAUGUAAUCCAAUCAGCUGUGUGAUUUUUCUCCUCUGUAUGGGUUUAACAUUGUCUUGUCUCGUUGGAGCAACGCAACUCGGAACCAUUUGGAGUAACUGCAAACAGUAUACAGACUUCCCCUUUUUGUGAUGUUAUUUUUUAUUUAGCUUAAGACUUGUGCCUGUCUUACAGCGCCACCCCCUGGUAUGAUGAUGUAAUGACAGCUGGAAUUUUUUUUUUUUUUUAAAUCUGCACUUGCUGAGUAAGGUGUAAAACUAUGUUUUAUGAUAGUAAAUGUUUGAAUUUUUUUUAUUUUGGUGGGAAUAGCGGUUUAUAAUUCAGUUAUGUUGGAAAAUAAACUGUUGAAUUUGUAUUGGUAUUUUGACAUUUCAUUUAUAUGCUAGUGGAACCUGUAAUCAUUUCAGCGUUUUAAUAAAUCAUAUUUUUUAUUCUUUGCAACGCUGACAAAGGCAUUGGUCGUCUCGUUUGGUCAUCGUAAGAACAUGAAGAAACGAACAUUCAGAAGUGAUGGAGGAGAGAAUCGCAUUGAGCCUAUCGGAGCUUGUCCGGUUCUUAUUAGAUGAUUGAUCUCAAAACUUUGUCAAGUCAGAAAGAAUCCAAGUGAUUCAGCAUCAACAACGUAGCCCUUUCUAUACCCUCACCACACACUGUAAAAAAUAAAUAAAAUUAAAUCAAAAAAAGAAAUGUCUCUUACCCUACGUCUUAAGCCUGUCUCUGACUUAACUAGCGAUGUGCUUAAAAUUCGCUACGAUUAACUUUGAAGACUUUGAUUUAUAUAUCGUUCACGAUGAAUAGGUUAUGGAAAAGCCUUUGUGCUUAGCAAGUAGCUGGCAAUGCAUUGUAUUUUUGUUUGCAACUGUAAGUCGCCCAGCCUGGAUAAGGGCGUCUGCUAAGAAAUAAAUAAAUAAUAAUAAUAAUAAUUGCAGUCUAGAAUACCUUUCUCACAGUUGGGGUAGUGGAACGUAGUAUCUUAGUUUUCACCUCCCUUUUUGAAGGUCUAAUCCAUGGAUAGUUCAUUUGAAAUAGGAUAUGCCAUCCUUACCAAGUCUUUUAAGGUCGGUCUGUCUGUCUGCAUUGCCCCUGUCUCUGUCUGUCUGUCUGUCUGCAUUGCCAUUGUAGUGCGUCUGUCUGUCUGUCUGUGUCUGUCUGUCUGUUUGCAUUGCCAUUGUAGUGCGUCUGUCUGUCUGUCUGUCUGCAUUCCCAUUGUAGUGCCACUGUCUGUCUGCAUUGCCAUUGCAGUGCCUCUGUCUGUCUGUCUGUCUGUCUGUCUGUCUGUCUGCAUUGCCAUUGCAGUGCCUCUGUCUGUCUGUCUGCAUUGCCAUUGCAGUGCCUCUGUCUGUCUGUCUGUCUGCAUUGCCAUUGCAGUGCCUCUGUCUGUCUGUCUGCAUUGCCAUUGCAGUGCCUCUGUCUGUCUGUCUGUCUGUCUGUCUGCAUUGCCAUUGCAGUGCCUCUGUCUGUCUGUCUGUCUGCAUUGCCAUUGCAGUGCCUCUGUCUGUCUGUCUGCAUUGCCAUUGCAGUGCCUCUGUCUGUCUGUCUGUCUGUCUGUCUGUCUGCAUUGCCAUUGCAGUGCCUCUGUCUGUCUGUCUGUCUGUCUGCAUUGCCACUGCAGUGCCUCUGUCUGUCUGUCUGUCUGUCUGCAUUGCCAUUGCAGUGCCUCUGUCUGUCUGUCUGUCUGUCUGCAUUGCCAUUGCAGUGCCUCUGUCUGUCUGUCUGCCUGCAUUGCCAUUGCAGUGCCCCUGUCCUUCUGUCUGUCUGUCUGUCUGCCUGUGUUAAUAAAAUCUUCUAUAAUUCAGAACCAUUUCCACCACUCGCCUCAUCAUUGCACAAUUUCUAACACAUGCCACUUUUUUUAAAAAAAAAAACCCAGAAAGGUACAACACUGCAGCAAGCCUAACCAGAGUCUCCUAAACCGUCUUUGCCAGAUCUCACGAUUCCAGGAACUUCUCUCUGUGCUUUACGGGUUUCAUUAAGGGCGCUUGGAUCCAAUCCCAAAGAUGCCUGCUUUCAUAUCUCUUAGCAGGCAAAAUUGAAUACGGGGGCAAUCUGUCGUGAAAUCCAGUACUUGGUUGUGAGAUUUCAGAGUCAGGAAAUUCAAUAAAGUAGGGAUCUGCUAAGAAAUAAAUAAAUUAAUAAUAAUAAUAAUAAUAAUAAUAAUAGGGAUCAUCACACUCCUACACUGUUUACAGUGCUUUCAAAACAUUGUAGUAUAGAGAACUGAAAUUGAAGCUCUCGAUACUACAGCUAUAGGCAACAGUUUUGCAUAAAACAUUAUGAACGUGAUUUUUGAUCUUAAUUGAUCUUUAACGUCAUGUAAUCCAAGGAACUACCGAACAAUAUCACAAAAAAAAGCCGUAACAGUAGUACAGUAUUUCAUGUUAGAUUUAGAAAUGUUUUCAUUUGUGUCAGUUUUUCGUUAAGUAUAUAAAUAGCAAUGCACCUGUUCAGUCAUGUCUUGACAACACACUGUAGAGUCAACGAUUGCUUUGCUGUAACUAGAUGGGGCUCAUUUCAUAGUUUCUUGUUCUGUGCUGGGCUGGUAGAACAGAGGGAGGCUGUUAAGAGAGUAUAAGAGCCUCCCUUUCUCUUUCUAGACUUCAAAAGUGGUAUAUAGCUUAAUGUCUUUUUAUGAAGCAACAUUUUCAGUUUUUGCAAUCUUUUUUCUUGCAUUCAGAAAAUGGUUUAGUGUAAAACAAAACUGAGUUUGUUUUUUUAAACUGUGAGAUGUGAUAACGUGAAAGUACAUGUUUAGUUUGAAUGCUGCCUUGUUUGACAGCGUUGUGCAACUUGAAAAUAAAAUAAAUUUG